AUGAUCGCUGCAACAUCGGUUCAAAGGGAGGUUUGGAUGCAGCAAAGGACUCAAGACUGGUGGGAUCGCAUUGUUGGAACCUGGGGUCAAGAACUGUGUGUCAGCAACUUUCGUAUGCGACUAGAAACUUUUGAAAUGUUGUGUGUGGGGUUGUCACCAAUGCUCUCUUACGAGGACACAACAUUUCGCCAGGCAAUCUCAGUGCAGAAGCGCGUUGGAGUUGGACUAUGGUGGCUCACGACAGGAGCUGGUUAUCGAACACUGGCACAUCUGUUUGGCAUAAGUGACGCAUCAGUAUGCCUAAUAGUCCGGGAGUUUUGCCAUGCCGUGCGAUAUGAGAUGAUGCGCGAGUACAUCAAGCUGCCAGAAGGUGAAGAGCUCCAAACCGUACUUGUAGGAUUUAAAAAUCGCUGGGAUUUCCCUCAGUGUGCCGGGGCUAUAGACGGGAGUCAUAUCCCAGUCAUCGCUCCACCUGAGAACCAUACAGAUUAUUUUAAUCGCAAGGGAUGGCAUUCUGUGUUCUUGCAAGCAGUAGUGGACCACAAAUACUGUUUCACAAACAUCAACAUCGGAUGGCCAGGAAGUGUUCACGACUCCAGGGUUCUUCGUAAUUCUGUUAUCUACGAGAAGGCAGAAAGAGGAGUCCUCUUUCCAAACACCACUGAGGAGAUCCAGGGCACACAAGUGCCCAUCAUGCUGUUGGGGGAUCCAGCCUACCCACUUCGGUCCUGGCUAAUGAAGGGGUACCCGGAAACUGGGAAUCUGAUCGAACACCAGCGUCAUUUUAACAAGAGACUAAGCGGGGCUAGAAUGACGGUGGAGUUAUCUCCACAUGCUGCACUCUGCAUAACAUCUGUGAAAAACACAAUGAGGCCUACAGUGAAGAUCCUAGUGCAGCUGGACCUCCUGAUGUACCACCAGGUGCUGUUGACCCGUUGGGCAUUGCAGACAUCCAGCCACUAA